AUGCCAUUUGUAAAAUCAGUGACUACGAAAUAUAAAUUUGGUGCACAUGUUUCAACAGUAGGUGGGAUAUCAAACAGUGUAAUUAAUGCACAUAAGAUAGGUUGUCAAUCUUUUGCUAUGUUCUUAAAAUCUCCAAGGAAGUGGGAUUCACCACCAUUGACUACCGAGGAAAUUGAGAAGUUCAAAUUAAAUUGUGAAAAGUAUAAAUAUGAUCCAUUGAAGGAUAUUUUGCCACAUGGACAUUAUUUUAUCAACUUAUGCAAUCCAGAUGAAAGUAAAGCAAUAAAAGCAUAUUCUCAGUUGAUUGAUGAAUUGAAAAGAUGUGAACAGUUAGGAAUUGGACAUUAUAAUUUACAUCCAGGUAGUGCAUUGAAGGGUGGCGAUGUGAAAGUUCAAUUAAAACAGUUAGCCAAGUAUUUGAAUAGGGCGAUAGGAGAGACCGAGUCUGUGGUUAUUGUAUUGGAGAAUAUGGCAGGUAAGGAUAAUUUAAUUGGUAAUAGAUUAGAAGACUUACGUGAAGUUAUUGAUUUAAUUGACAAUAAGACAAGAGUUGGUGUGUGUAUAGAUACAUGUCAUACGUUUGCAUCUGGAUAUGAUAUUCAGUCGUCAAUUGAAAAUUUCAACAAAUUUUGGGAACAAUUUAAUGAAAUUAUUGGGUUCAAUUAUUUAAAGUCCAUGCAUAUUAAUGACUCUAAAGCACCGUUGGGAUCCAAUCAAGAUCUACAUGAGAAACUAGGACAUGGGUUUAUUGGAUUAGAACCAUUUAGAUGGUUAGCACAUGAUAUGAGACUCGAAGGCAUUCCAUUGAUUCUUGAAACACCACAUGAAGUUGACGACGGCUAUGGUGAAGAAAUUGAACUGUUGCAAUGGCUGGAGACAAUUGAUGAUUCAGAUAAUAAAGAAUUGAUAACACGUUCCAAUGAUUUACAAAAAUUGGGUGCAAAGACGAGAAAGGAACAGCAAGCGAAGUUUGAGAAGAAACAAUCACAGAACAAGAAAAGAAAGAUAGGAGGAGAUGUUAUAAGCCAAUUGACAAAGAAGAAAAGAGUGAAAAAGGAGUAA